AUGAGACAAGGAGAAAAGGAUGGCAGAGGGGCCAGAAGGCGAGGGGGAGAGAGAAAGAGAAGAAACACGGAGAAAACCAGGGUCCUCUUGGCACAAAUGUAUUUGGGUGUGGUCUUCCUCAAUGCCAGCAAGUCCCAACUUGGAGAUCUAGCGAAGAAGCGGGGGGGGGGCUGUGUAAAGAAGGCAAGUCCUUCUGCCACUCCCUCCUCUUCCAUUACUCAACCUCAUUCCAGCUUCCAGUCUGGACGUGCAAAGCAGCAAUAGAAGCAGCAGCUCAGAAGCUCUGGGAGAAGGAGAUAAUUCGCAGCCCAGGGAAAGGAUGUGAAGGAAAGACGGAGGCACACAGAGCAAGAGAAGCUUCGCUGGGCUCCAGUCAGAGACCAACUCACCCAUGUAAGUCAUUGCAUUGCAGGUUCAGUCAGGGCGAAGAACCAUAAGCAGAUCCAGAAGAAGACCACAUUGUGAUAGUUCAGGUUGGAAGUUUGGGGAAGAUGAAGUGGGUAGGAAGUAGCCCAGAUCUGGGAUAGAUCAAAAUCAAGGUUGACGGUUUGGAAGCAUGUGUGGCAAUGUGUGAAAAGGAUGCCAGGGGAAAAAACACACCCACAACUCUUUCUCUCUGAGUUACACAAGACAAAAUAUUGUUUUGCGUAUUUUGCAUGAUGGUUGUUGUCAAAAUAAAGGAACAGAAACAUUGCACCACUCUGGAAAAUUCCAGUGGAAAAUUCCAGGCAUUAUCAGGAAAAGGGUAUGAAAGUUAAGCUGCCCAGGAUGAUAAUGCCCUCGUACUAAUCCAUGGGGAAGCCGCACUUGGAAACCUGUCUAUAGUUGGGGUCAGCUGAUGAUAAAAUGGAUAUCAUAAAACUGGAAAAGGAACAGAAAAGGGCAACUCAAAUGAUUAGGGAAUGUGGUGCUAGAACAUCUUGCCCUUGAGGGAAGACUGAAAGCCACUAAGGGAGGGAAAACAUGAGGGAGGUUUUUAAAAAAUAUUUUGCACCCUCUGAGGAAUGUGCUUAGAGAGAGGCAUGCUCAUGCUUUCUCUCUCUUUCUCUUUCUGCAAUAGAAAUCGGGGAGCUUGUGAAUCAAUUGACAUUGAUUGGCAGGAGAUUCAGGAAAGGCAGGAGAAAACUUUUUCAAAUGAUGACUUUUGAAUGGAAGUUGCUGUCACAGAAUGGAGUGACACUGGGCCGCAACCUCAGGGGGCUUUGAAAUGGGGAUGGUGCAAAUUAAUGGAGGAUGGGUCUGUCCAUUGGUAUUAUUAGACUUGAUGGUUAAAUGGAGCUUCCAUGUUUGGUUGCAGCUGAAUAACAGCUCCUGGGAUCCAACCGUGAGGGAGGGCUGAUGUCUUCCUGCCCUGCUUGAUGGCUUCCAUAAGACAUCUGCCAGGCCAGUGUUGGUAGAGGGAAGAUGCUGGACUCUGUGGUCCUUUGACCUGUUCGUUCUUACGUUCUUACAUAGGGUGUGACCAAGAAACGGGACCAAGGACAGUGGUGCAGGUGAAAGGGGUGGCCCAUGUUGCCUAGGGGCUGGGAGCCGUUGUGUGGUAUAAUACCAUAAACAGAAUAAAAUGCAAGGCUAGGACACAGCUGAAAGGAAGGAGACAGAACCAAGGGAGGGAUAGGAGCAUAAGGGAGCUGUGGGCACCCACAAUAAUAUAAUUGUGGAGGCCAGGCACCCACAAAGUCAAUGAAAAAAAUCGGCAGGGAGAGAAGCAGUUCAGCUCCAUCCUCCGCAGCCAAUCAGCUCAGGCACAGAGACCCGUGGAUAGGAGGGAGGGAGGAGAAUACAAUUGGCCUUCUCUAACACACACACCAAAUCAUUACCCCUGAUUCUGAAGCUUCACGGGCAGUUGCUUAGAUCAUCUUCCUCCCUUCCUUCUGUUGCCCCAGCUUUGCCGAAUUCCAAUUUGCAAUCUCCUCAGGACAGGAACAUUUUCCUCUAGUUGUCAUUCUUCCCUAUUGAUGGAGUAGUAAAAACAUCACCAUCAUCACUUCAUAGGUAAAGGUAAAGGGACCCCUGACCAUUAGGUCCAGUCAUGGCCGACUCUGGGGUUGCGGCACUCAUCUCGCUUUAUUGGCCGAGGGAGCUGGCGUACAUGUGGCCAGCAUGACUAAGCCGCUUCUGGCAAACCAGAGCAGUGCACGGAAACGCCGUUUACCUUCCCGCUGGAGUGGUACCUAUUUAUCUACUUGCACUUUGAUGUGAUUUUGAACUGCUAGGUUGGCAGGAGCAGGGACCGAGCAACAGGAGCUCACCCCAUCACAGGGAUUUGAACCGCCGACCUUCUGAUCGGCAAGUCCUAGGCUCUGUGGUUUAACCCAUAGCGCCACCCGCCUCCCCUCAUCACUUCAUAGGCUAACAUUAAUAUUAUUAAUAUUAUUGAUAUUAUAAUUGUCGUCGUCAUGCCCUUCUUCCUAAAGGAACCCGGGACUCUGCACUGCAAGCCAUACAAAUAUACUCAAUAAUCAAAACAUUUUGAAAGUUACAGUGUAUACAUAAAAGAGAGAGGCCCCUGCCCCAGUGAGCUUACAGGAUCAAUUUCAGGGAGUGUAAUAGACCACAGCGGGAAAGAGAGAUGCAGAUAAAGCACGAGAUGGCUGUGAGCAAAAUAGACUGCAAUUUGUGGCAGCCAAGGUGGACAGGGGUUAAGGCGCAAUUCAGUUCCUCCUGGCUCAAGCUUUUCUUCUUCUUCCUUCCUGACAGGGAGUCCCCAGCCCCUCUUUCCAGUGGUGCCACCAACAACUGCACCCACACCUCUGGAAACAGCACCCUCCUGACUUCCCCGACCUCCAGUGUGACUGGCAUUGUCUUCCUACUCCUGGCUGCCCUUAUCGGGCUGCCUGGAAACCUCUUUGUCAUUUGGAGUAUCCUCUGGAAGAUGAAGCCGAGUCACCGCUCAGUCACCUGCCUCCUAGUCGUUAAUUUGGCAGUGGCCGACGGGGUCGUGCUUCUCCUCACUCCUUUCUUCAUCAUCUUCCUCAUCUUCAAGAACUGGCUAUUCAGCCUAGCAGUUUGCAAAGGGGUCUACUACCUGUGCUGCAUCAACAUGUUUGCCAGCAUCUUCAUCAUCACCCUCAUGAGCGUGGACCGGUGUCUCGCAGUCAACCAGCCCUACUUCUCCCAAGCCAUUCGCAAGAAGCACUUGGUGGUAAAGAUCCUGUCAGGGAUUUGGGUGGCAGCCAUUUUGUUAUCCAUCCCGGCCCUCCUUUUCCGACAAGUAGUCAAGGAUCCCUCAGGGAGGUACAUCUGUGAGCCCUGCCACCCCAGGCCGAGCCUGACCAUCUUCCACUUCACCUUGGAAACCGUGGUGGCCUUUGUGAUACCCUUCACCAUCAUCGUCGGCUGCUAUUCUGCCGUUUUGAUCCGCCUCAGGGGAGUGAAGCGGAGACAGGGGGCUCGGACCGAGAAGCUCAUUGUCGCCAUUGUCAUCUGCUUUGCUGUCCUCUGGGUGCCAUACCACAUCGUCAACGUGCUCCAGGUAGCUUCUAACCUGUCGUCAGGGCGGACGGCGGAACGACUGGGGCAGGCUUGGAAGAGUGGCAGAGCGGGUGCCACAGCCUUGGCAUUCCUCAGCAGCAGCAUCAACCCUGUGCUCUAUGUCUUCGUGGCUGGGAACCUCAUCAAGACCUCCGGGGCCAACUUCAUCGCCCAGUUCUUUGAGGGGGCAUCCGAUGGGCUCGGCAGAAGAUCCCAGUCCCACAAAAACCUGGCCAAAGACUUGGUGGUGGUGGCAGGAGCUGCCAUGGGCAUGGACCAGCAGCCCCUGGAGAGUUGUGACGGGCUGGACAAGGACCAAGAUGGAGGGCCGGGUCUUGGUGGCACAAGAGAGCAACUCGGAUAUAGACACUCCUAG